UAUAUAGAAUUAAAAAAAGAAUUUCUAAGAAAAAAAGUUUUAAUAAGAAAUUAUACAGAAAUUGUAGAAAUAUUAAAUAUUAUUAUAACAAAAAAAGAAUAUAAAUUAAUUUAUACAAUCGUGACAACAGCAGAAAAAAGAUUAAUAAUCUCAUUUUUCUUCAAACAUGUUUAAUUAUAAAUAAAUAAUUAAAUUGAAUAAUUAAUGUGAAAUUUAAAUAUUUGCAAAAUAAAACAAAAACAACAUAUUAAAAAUAUAUAAAAAUAUAAAAAAAAAAUUUUAUUGAAAAAAGGGAAAUUAACAAAAAUGUUUUUUUAUUAAAUGAAAAAGUGUUGCAUGAUAAUAAUCAAACAACAAUUUAAAACAACUCGAUCAUGUCUGGAAUAUAAAUAAUUUGAUCAAGUCUUCUGUUAUACAAAUGAUCCUGGUGGUACAAGAGAACAGCAACAGCAGAAGGAACAAGACCAGGGGGUAAAUAUUACCAACAUGGAAGCAACAACAACGGCAAAUACAAAAUAUUAUAAUAAAACUGUAAAACAAAAUAAUAACAACAACAAUCACCAACAAAGUAAAACAACAAUAAACAACAAUAAGAAAACACAACAAACAACAUAUCGUGGGGAAACCAAUGAAACUCAAACACAAAUGGUAGAAACAACACCAGCCACAACACAAAAGAAACUUACAGCCAAACAAGCUAAAGCAGCAGCAAAAUUAGCAGCGCAACAGCAGCAACAAAAUGCUAAAAGUGAUAACAAUAAACAACAGCAGCAGCAACAACAGCAACAAAAUGAAGCUGCCAAAAAGAUGAUAACAGAAACAAAGGAAGCAAAAUCUAAUGUAACUAAUAUACCUGCCACUACAAACACAACAAUAACAACAACAAAAUCAAACACCACCGCCAUUAAUGCCAAUAAUACAACAACAGCAGCAGCAACAGCAAAUAAUAUUAGUAAUAGCAGUAGUAAUAGUAAUAGAAAUAAUAAUAAUAAUAGUUCAAAUAUGAAUAUAAGUGAUAAUAGCAUGAAUAGUAGUAUUAGAGAACAACAACAACAGCAGCAGCAACAGGAGAACAGCACCAAAAGUGAUAAUCAAACAGCUGAAAAUACAGCUUCUACAAUGUCUUGGAAUAAUUCCAAAUAUUUACACAAGAAAUUCAAAAGAUUAGCCAGUACAACUGAGAAUGAUGCUUUACAAGAGGCUGAGAAACUGCGAACCACAUCUAUGUCCUCGGCUAGUUCAUCAGUCUCAUCUCCUCCACCGCCACCCAUACAAAUGGCAACACAACAGGCCACCACCUCAACAAUAUCAACCAACACCAUUAAAAAUGAGGAACAUUUAACAAAUGGCGUGUUAACUAAACUGCAAACACAAGAACAGCAAACUGAAAAUCUUCCUCAACAACAAGACAAUUAUAGUCAAAAUCAAGUGUUACUGCAAUUAGCUCAACAGCAGCAACAACAAAAUGUUAUAGUUGCCACCACAAGUUCUACAGAGAUUAGCAGCAAUAGUACUCAAUCAGUUUCUACUGCUACUGCUACUGUAACUGCAUCCACAACCACUACAGGCUCAUCAACUGCUGGCGGUGGUGGGCGCUAUAAAUGUCCCUAUUGUGAUUUAAGCUGUACAAAACCUUCGGUGCUUCAGAAACAUAUAAGAGCUCAUACCAACGAACGUCCCUAUCCGUGCGAAAUAUGUGGCAUUGCAUUUAAAACGAAAAGUAAUUUAUACAAGCAUUGCAGAUCUCGUUCUCAUACUGCCCGUCAAAAGGGUAUUGAAGUAUCUCCCGAUGCUGAUGAUGGUCUCUCCGAUCAAGAUGUUGAUCCGGAAUUAAGUAACAGCAGUUCGGAAAUGUUUAGUCGCAUGGAUUCUCCAAUUGAAGAACUAACGAAUACCACCAUGGCACAACAGCCCUUUAUGCAAACUUCAGAGCCACAAGUGUCCAUAGCUGCCAGUACUGAAUCAGUAAACAUAACAACAAUUUCACCUGCCUCCUCGUUUACGUCUGCAAAAUCCAGCUUUUUACAACAACCCGCCCAUCAACAGUCACAAAAAUUGCCAUUGGGUUCUCCAGCUGCGGGUACACUGCCUCCUGCUGCUGCACAAACCUCAAUAGGUGCCAAUAAUACAGCAGCUAGCAGUAACCCAAAGCAGGCAAUUGACUAUAAGCCCUAUAAACCAAAAUUCCAUAAUGCUUCUUUGUAUUCGACUGCCAAAGAGGCAGCUGCCGCUGCUGCGGCAGUAAACACCUCCACCAUGAGUACGUCUGGUUCACCAAUGGCAGUACAUUCUACGCCAAUGCCACAAAAGGAUGUGGCUCCAAUGCAAAAGUUACCCGAAUCUCCACAUCCCCUUAUAAACCAGCAUCAGCAUUUAACGGUGGCUGCCAGCGAGCAAAAUAUUGUGGUGCCCUCAUCAAGUAGUGUCAUCCAUCUACCACCGCCACCACAACAAUCUCCCACCCAUAUGGCGCCAUCACACCAUCCCUCACUAUCGCCUAGUACACAAAUGAAAUUAAACAAUCACAUCAGUACUCAUCAGCUGCAACAGUUGCAGCAACAACAAUUGCAACAGCUGCAAACACAUACACCACCUCAUCAUUUGUUGGGACCACCGCCAACGGCCAAUGCAAUGCCGUUGCCUCUAGCGGCAGCAGCCUAUUAUUUGGGACAACCAACGGGCUCACCAGCUGCUGCUUUACUGCAUCCCUCACCUCACCUGCCCGCUCAAUCGUUCUAUAAUCCUGUUUAUGCCUCUUUACACAUGAUGACGCCACAGCAACAACAGCAAUUUCAUCAUCAAUUGCAAAUACAACAGCAACAUUUACAGCAGCAACAACAAAUGCAACUAACACAUUCCAGCUUAGCAGCAGUCAUACCAACACCGCCACCCACACUAUCUCCGCACUCUCAAACAUCGCCCUCGAUUCCACAAAGUCUUCAUAAACAACCUACCCCGCUAAAUAAUACAAAUCACGUCAUGUCUGCCAACAAUUCCAGAAGCAUUCAUCAUCCCAAAGCCAGUACAUCCAGCGGCAACAGCACUUUAAUAAAUUCCACUCCACCAAAUGCUCUUCAUUAUUUAGCCAAUGCUGCCUCAGCGGCUUCUGUAGCUAUGAGUCCAUCCAAUUCGGGCAAUAAUAAGAAUACAGUAGAAAUUAUGGACCAGAGCACAAGUGCUAGUAGUCAACGUAAUUCUGCUCAUGUUAGCAACAGUAGCAAUUCCAGCACCUUGUUGCAGACAAGCGCAAACUCUGGAAUUCAAGAGGUUACUUUGGAUAAAGAAAAGCUUAAUGAACACAUCAAUAAACUAAUUUCACAAAAUACAGCCAUUGUUGAGAAUAAAGAGCUUUUAUUGCAGAAAAAAUAUCCCAAAACAUUAAAUCGUUCAAGAAGUUUCACCAACAACAAUAGCAGCAGCAGUUCUUCAACAACUACGAACACUACAGGACAGGUUUUGCAAAGCACUACUGGUGCCCCACCAAGUGAAUCGCCAACUAAUGCCAAAUUGGCGCAAGCUAUUGUACAAAAACAACAAAUGCAACAGCAACAACAACAGCAGCAACAAUUGCACCAGCAAUAUAUGUAUCAACAGCAGCAGCAACAACAACAGCAACAGCAGCAGCAAUUGCAAAAACAAAGACAUUUGUAUCAUGAUAAACCCAAUAUGGAAGAACUAUCAUCCCCUGCACCACUACCUUUGAAUGGUACUUCUAAACAUUUAAUUGGCAAACAAAUGGUUCAACCACAACCUAUACAUCCAGCUCAACAAUUGAUACCAGCCUCACUUAGCAAUCAAACACAAUUUCAACAAUAUAAAACUAUUGUUACCAUUACACCAACUCAACCGCGUCAGCCAGCUAAUUCGACAGCAACUUCGCUGUCUUCAAACACUUCUUCAGCCAGCCAUAAUUCAUUAGCUAAUGUUCCUCUAAAUUUAUCGGCUAAACCAAAACAGCCGGAAGAAAGUUUAGAUUUAAAUAAACCCUGCCAUGGUCCCUUACCACAAGCACCACCACCAGCUACACCGCGAAAACGUCACUCCAUAGAACAGACUCAAACACAGGGACAAUCACAACUGUUAACACCCAGUUUAGUACUUAAUGAAGCUUCAAAUUCUUCAAAUUCCAAUUCUAGUACACCACAGCCUUCGACCUCUGCCAGCAAGAAUCCUCACAAAAAUUCCAUUAUUAAAAAUUUACUACUUAAUGCACGCGGUUUGGCUGUGCCCACGGGUACGGGAGAUGAUGCUGUUUAUAUAUGUCCUUUGUGUUCGUUUGGCUUCCGAACGGCCGAGGAGUUAAAACUGCACAAUAGCACUUAUUGUCAGGGCAGCAAUAGCAGUACAAAUUCACCCGCCUCAUCACCUUCACAUAAAUAUUUCCGCUCCAAUUCCAUGUCUUUGAAUCCCUUGUCGUUGGUCAAAUUGGCUUGGUCUCAACUGCAGACAAAACCCAGUAAUUUGGUGUUAAAUCAUUUAAGUGCUUCACUGGCUAGUACAUCGAAAAAUUCCAGUACUAACACCACAUCGGCCACCUCAACACAACCUAGUUCUCAGUCGACCACAGCUAAUAGUACAAGUUCGACCGCGGCAUCCUUAAUCUUAAGCGUCGCCUCACAGCCAAACAAGUCUCAACCAGCGAACAAUGAGCUGCCUAUACGUUUCGUAGAUGCUCCUCUACCCUCGCCGGGACCUCUAUUAGGUAAAACACCUUUAGUGGAUUAUACACUCAAUGAAUCGAAAAGUAAAUCCGAAGAAGUUAUUAUAACAAAAAUGCACGAUGAUCCCAUGUAUAGUCACGGCAACAUGCCCGAACAUCCUGCCACUAAACGCUUAAAAUUUGAAGCCUCCGAUAAGUUUUCCUCCAAACGUUCUUCUGUAACCAGCGGCGGUGAAAUGCAGUUAUUAACAGCUCAAGAACUUUCCAAAAAGGAGGAACGUUACAAACGUUUUACUUCUUCAGGUGGCUGUAUGAUACCCUUAUCGGAAUGUGAUGAUGUAGAUAAAAGCCCGAAAAUGAUACGUACCCCCUUGUUGUCAGGCGGUAGUUUUCAAGAAGUCUCACCUAAGAAAGAACAAAAAAUGCCGUUGCCUUUAAUGCCGGGAACACAACUAACGCCCAAACUAAGUUUAGGUUUAGCCUCAUCAAAUGGGCCACAACAUUUUCAAUUUCCUCCCAUUAAUCAGAUAACCGCAUUUAAUCCUUUAACAUUGGGUCUCACCGAAAAGGUAAUACCUUAUGUACCCGGUAUACCAGGACCGAAUAGCUUACAGCCCCAAUUACCCUUGGCACCGCCAACCGCUUCACAGCAACAAAAACAACAGCAGCAUUUAUUGAAUUUGCCUCAAACAGGAAAUAGCAAAAAUUUAUCCCGAAAUAACAGUCCUAACAGAAAUCAAACCCCUAGUCCCAUGAAUAUGUCUACAACCAUGCAACAGGGAGGAAGUCCGGACUCGUCGGGAGUAAAUAAGCCUACAUUCGGUGGUGUACAAAAUGUGCCUAGUGAAUUUAAUCGAGCACCACCCUCCACUAAUAUGCGUAAUGUUCGGAAUUGGCCAACAGCUGUAAACAACAAUACAUUCAAUAACAAUAGUACUGGGCAUAGUAAUAAGACCACUGCUGCCGUUAAUGAUGUGGCGAAACCUUUAAAAUCUUUUAAUUUUAUGCGCAUGGCAGAUAACUUAAGUCCGCGUAAAAGUGAAAAUAAAACAAUAACAACAACAUCCUCUAAUCUUACAGAGGCCGAAACUAGACAUUUUAAUUUGGAUAAAAUGUCCAGAGAACAAUUGAUUAUACAACAACCCCUUACGAAUAGCAGCAAGUCAUUGUCACCCACCAAUUUAGCACUUACACCCUUGCAUGUGGACACCAAUGUAGCAACCACACUAGCUGAUAGUGAUGCUACAAGUGCCGAAGUUAAAGCUAAAUCGAAAUUUUUACGACCCACUAGUUUACCCUUAAGGCCAGGUACAUUUACCCCCAAACGUCAUCAUGGUAUAACACCCACUGCCAAUACAUUGCCCUUGAUUUCGCCCGAAACGCCCCGCCCAUCUAAAGAAUGCGUACAACUGUAUUUAAAUGGCAAUUCCUAUACAUAUUUGGGAUUGAAAUGCAGCACCAAAACGUUUUACUGCACCCUUAACUGUCCACAACCUUCUUAUGUGCAGGACAUGCAUAAACUAUCCAUGUAUAGCAUGUGGCAGCAGUGUGCUGAAAAUAAUCCUCAUCCUUUGGGUUUGAAACCAAAAGAGGUUAUGUCUCUUUACGAUUCAAGGCAAAAGGCCAUUAUCUUUACCAUGGCCAAGGGCAAGAAGAUAACUUACACCUUUGUGGCAGCACAACAGACCGUAAUGACUCCUUUCAUCAGCAGCCGGGAUAAAUUUGAGCAUCAUCAAUUAAAACAGAUCGCCCUCAAGGAUAACACCCAAACUAAAGAUAGUAAAACUUCUUCAGAAAACAAAGAGUCAUCUAAAGAUAACUCGGGAGCUUCAACAUCAAAUUCUGCGGCAGUGUCACAAACUUUAGAGGGUGGCUAUGAAUCUCAUGAAAACUAUAUUUAUGUAAGAGGUCGGGGUCGUGGAAAAUAUGUCUGCUCUGAAUGCGGUAUAAGAUGUAAGAAACCCUCUAUGCUGAAAAAACACAUACGCACCCAUACCGAUGUAAGACCCUAUACCUGUAAGCAUUGUAACUUUAGUUUUAAGACCAAAGGCAACCUAACGAAACACAUGCAAUCGAAAACUCAUUACAAGAAAUGCAUAGAAUUGGGUUUAAAUCCAGGACCUAUGCCGGCCGAGGGUGACUUCUUAGAGCCUGAUGUAGAAUUUGAUCAGCAGUCCUCCACCUCGGCUGGUGGUAGAACCAGCUCAAUGGGUAAUGGUGAAUCAGAUUCCGAGAAUGACUCUAGCGAUAAUGAAACCGAAAGCAGCAAUGAAUCAGAUUCCGCCAAAUCGAAUGUAACACCACAAUUAAAUGUCUCGGCGGCGGAGGAUAAUAAAUCGCAUUUGGAACAUGAGGCCGCCAGAUGUUUACUUACACUCUCCAUGACACCGCCCAUACACACGCCCAGUUUAGAGACCUCAAUGGCUAAUAGUCAAAUGGCCACUGUUACCACAGUCAGCUCUAGUUGUGCGAUCUCUUCUACACCCUCGCAGGCCGUAAGGCGUGUCAUUUCUUAUACCUCACCCAAACCCCCCUUUGAUUAUCAAAAGCAAGAACAAUAUUACUCAAAUCCCAAAGAACACAAACCGAAGUUAAACAUUAGCAGUGCCACAAGUUUUGAAACAGCACCCAUGGAUUUGACAAAGCCACGCAAUAUGGAUGUUAUAAACUCUAGCUCUAUAACACAAACAACCACCUCGUUCUCCUCGAAUCCGGGUCCUGUGCAGACCCAAGCUCAAAUACGUGAUGUUAUAUUUGGUGUUAAUAAAAAUGAAUCGGGUUUUUUGAAAACUAUGAUAUCGGUUUCCUCUAAAGUCGGACGCAAUUAUGCCGAUAAUUAUGAGGAGAAUCAUCAUAAGCUAAACGAAGACAUGAUGUUGUAUGAUUAUCGCCGGGAACAGACCUUACAAUACUAUAAAAUCAAACAGACUCAGUUAAGUCGUGGCAUGACAGUCAAUCCUAAUGUUAUGAUGUCUAAUGCCACGCCCACCUCUAGUCCGGCAAUUACUACAAGUGUUUCUUUGGGUACAACUAUAGUUUCUAGCAGCUCGGAAACGGUGAUAGUGACUAGUAUUGCCAGCAGUGCUCCAACAACGGCUAGUGAACAAGUUGUAACCAAGAAGGAGGUUAUAGCGCCAUUACAGUUGCCUAAAAUAGAAAUUGUGGAACCUCAAGAAACAUUGAAAGCAGAAACUACAACCGUAGCUGUAACAGUACCCGCUGUCAUGCCGGCCACUAUAACUGAGACCCCUAAAUCUCUUAAGUCUUCGGAUGAAAGUGAAGAGACAGAUGAAGAGCCACCUGCCAAAAAAGUGGCCACUAAAACGAAUGAUGAUAAGCCCGCCCAUAAUGCCAAUUUACCGGCAGCCAUUUUACAACCAGGAACCACCGAUUUUUCGGGUGUUUUAUCAGGUGGAGCCUCAAGCAGUCAAGCCAAUCAGCCACAACGCACCGUUAUUGUGGGUGAAGAUGGUUUUACCACAAAUAAUAAUGAAAUCUUACCCGUACACCCACGUGUACCACAAAUAUCAAAUGCCGAUGGCCGCCCUGUCUGCUCUAUAUGCUCGAAAACUUUCCAAAAACAAUCGCAAUUGGUUUUGCAUAUGAAUAUACAUUAUAUGGAGCGUAAAUAUAAAUGUGAUCCUUGUGGUGUAUCCUUUAGGACACAGGGUCACUUGCAGAAACACGAACGAUCAGAGGCUCAUAAAAAUAAAGUAAUAAUGACUUCUACCUUUGGAGUGCCCACAACAUCAAAUCCCCGCCCCUUUGAAUGUACCGAUUGCAAAAUCGCUUUUCGCAUACACGGCCAUUUGGCCAAGCAUUUGCGCUCGAAAACUCAUGUACAGAAAUUGGAAUGUUUACAGAAAUUGCCUUUUGGUACUUAUGCUGAAAUCGAAAGGGCCGGCAUUAGUUUGACCGAAAUCGAUACUAGUGAUUGUGAAAAUUCAUUGAUUUCUUUAAGAGUUUUGGCACAAAAACUAAUCGAAAAAGAUCCCACUUCAAAAUUGGGCAGCUAUACCACACCGUCGGGCGAUAACUCCAAUACUGGCUUGGUAUCACAAGACAGUGCCUCUGAAGAUGGCUUUACCGCUGCCGAAAGGGCGGCGGCUACAGCUAUAGCUUCGCUAGAUAACAACAGUGCUGCCAAUACUCCAAGAAGAACUAAUUCCACUUCAGAAGAUGAAAGUAUAGCCAUGGCUUUAAAUAAUAACUUAAAAAGACGUCUACCGGGUACUUUUAGUAAUGGUGAGGAGAGCGAUAAAGAGUUUCAAGAGCAGCAGGAAAAACGUUUACGGCCCGAGACUCUAAUCAAUAAUACUCACCUCAAUAAUACAGCCAGUCCAACAAACUGACAUUAUAUCUUUGCCUAUCCCGAUAGAUGAAUUAUGCAUAUGUUGUCACAGCCUCCAACACCUAUAGCGCUUAUAAGGGACAGAUCAUGUACCAAUUAUCUGCAAUAUAAAACCCCACCGUUUAAAAAGCAUUAAAUAUGAGAAAAAAGUAUUUUUUAUUGGAAACCAGCAAAAACUUGUGGUACUGAAACAACAAAAAAAUCCCCUCAGGACCAAAACUACCUAAACAAACAGAUGAGUUAAACAUUUUCAUCAUAUCUAUGCCCUUUUUAGAAAACACAUAUCUUGUACGGAAUAGUAAAAACAAAAUUAACAUAUUUAAGCUAAAAGCUAAUUUUCAGUAUAAAAUUUAAACUUUAAGCAAAUUCCGUUAAGUAUACAAGUUUUUAGCUGGUAUUCUAAAUACACAGGUCAACAAAAAUAGUCGAAACCUAGAGAUUGAGUUUUGUUGAUUAUGAAGCUGGGUUUAGCCUAUAGACGAGGCUAUGAAAUAGACUAUGGACUAAAUUAUAGACGAGACUAUAGAGUAGAUUAUUAACUAGACUAUAGACUAGACUUUAGACUAGACUAUAGACUAGACUAUAGACUAGACUAUGGACUAGACUAUAGACUAGACU